AUGGAUAUUGAAAAGAUCAUUGAAUGGACUCUUAAGAACGGCUCCUCUUAUCCAGGAAAGCAUAAUUAUCCAACUGAAAGAACCUCUCCAGCUUGCAAGCCUUUAGAGCCAAAGUCUUAGAUGAUGAUUAUCUGGAAGUCAAUGAUUGAAUACUUAAACAAUAAUUUGAGAGCAGGUCGUAGUGUAAAUAUCAAGGGAUUCGGAUCAUUCACUUUUGAUAUUGACACAGAGCUUCCAAGAAUCGCAACAAAAUCAAUCAACCCUAAGACUGAUUUGGAAGAUUAGAGACUCGAUAGAAAGCAUGUUCAUAAAAUCAAGCCAGUAUUCGUCGUCGAUUCUCAAUUCCAAACACAUCUCACUAGAUAUCAUAACAAGGAAUAAAUUGUACCAGCUAAAUCUCAAAACUCAAUAUUCUAAAAGGGUUUCCGCAUGAUCUAUUGCAACCCAGUUCCAAUUGCCGCUGCCUGUUUAUUGGGUAAAGAUGUUGUGUAGGAUGCUUUGAACACAAUCUUCUUGGCCAUUCAGGAUCUUAUUAAAUACAAUAAAGAUAUUGUCCUCUAAUUCGGCUUUGCAUGCAUCUCCAUUAUCGGGAAAGCUCUAAGAACUAUGUUUUCGCAAAGUUUCAUUGAAAGCGCUUAAGACAAGACCUUUGAGCAUACUAUGAAGAGAAGUACCACUCCUGUUUCAACAAUAUGGAAGACUUCAUACACAAAGACUUUCGCAAGAUCUACUCUCGGAAAUUUGAUUUAAAAGCCAAAUCAUGAAGUAGUAUAGACUUUGAAUGAGAAGACCUAAGCCCUAAAGAUGAUGAGUUUAGAUCUGUCUUCCUCUGGGAAGCUCUAGCUUUCAAAUAGACUCUCAUCUCAAGGAAGAGGGCUUUUCAGUCCUUGA